AUGGAGAAGGUUAAUUUAAUUCGUGGAGGAACAACCCGUGGAGGUAAACAUCGUGGUGGCGUUUCGGGUCGUGGUGCUGCUUCAACUUCUAGAGGCACACUGUCAACUCAUGAUGGUGCUUCACCCGUUAGAAGCACAGCGGGCGCUCGCGUAAGAGGUGCUUCGCCAAAUAGAAGUGCGGUAGUAGCUCGUGCGGGUCCAACGAAUCGUGGAAAAGGAAGGGACCCAUUAUUCCGCAUUAAGGAUGGCGGUGCAGAAAAAACUGCCUCGAAGAAAAGAAGUGAAAAGAAAGAUACUCCACCUUUACCAUCUAUAUCUAACGUUCCAUGGCCUGUAUUGCCGUCUGAUGGUGAAAAGAAGGUUUACAAAGUAACUUUAUCAAAUGCGGUUUUCAUGAAGUUGAUGACAGCAAAUGCCAAGGGUGCCCAUAUGAAAAUAAACAUAUCUGACAAAAUGGAAAUUGACACCGGGGAAAGCGAGAAGAUACAAUUAGAUCUUUCUCGAUAUAAUAAGAAGUCUGAGAUGGCUUUCUUCAGAAAUGAAAACAGCGUCGGGCUGGUUGGCAAGGUUGUUAGGCAAGUUAUGAGAAAGAAUCAAAGGAAAAACGAAAUUCUCGAUUUCGAUGAGAUUCCUGAAGAAGUAAAGGCAAAGUCCAAACGUCAAAAGAAUAACGCUGGAUCUUCAAUAAAGGUCCAGCAAGCAAUACAUUCUCCACCGACGACUUUUGUUCACAGCAGAGCUGCGCCGCAGCCUUCAAAUGAUACAAAGUCAGCUCGCGGCGGUAAAGCAGUUCGUGGCAAGGCAAGGGGUGGUAGACCCAGGAUAAUCCCAGAAGUAGUCGAUGAUGAUAAUGUUACCGAAUCAACAGCAUCGAACACUUCCGCUCGAGGAAGUAACACGACUCGAGGCGGAAAAACUACCAGAGGUGGAAAAUCAACACGUGGUCGAGGUGCGAAAACUAUAGCAUUUGACGCACAAAAAGUAAAUGUGCCUCCUGCGCAGUCAACGACAGCUACUCGAGGAAAGAGGGGAAGACCUGCUGGUGUUCCAAAUAAGACAUCGCGAAAUACAAAGACCUACACUUCCACAAUCAAAACUUCAGCAGCUCCUAAGUCUGCUGUACCAUCUUGGAAGCCUGGACAAACAAUAAAUACAUUUAAAGAUUUUAAGCAUGCACGAAAAUUUUGUGAAGAUAUGGAAAACGAAAUCCAAAAGGUCUUUGAGGAUCUAGUUGGAUUCGAAAAUUCCUAUAAUAGUUUCUUAAAUUCAAUAAAAAAGGGAUUCGCGCAAGAGACUUUAAGGGAGAUCGAGAAGCAAUUUGGAGAAGGUUCCUCCGCCAAUAAACUAAUGCACAAAUAUUCGCAUUUAGAGAAAGAAAUCAAAAUUAUACACGAUGAAUUAUGGCGUGCUGCUAGGGAUGGCGUAUAUGAAGAUUGA